AUGAAGCUCCGCAACAAGGCGGCGGCGCUGCUCCUCCUCGCGCUGGCCGCUCUCCUGCUCGCGGGGCUGUCCCUGCGCGCCCGCCGCGCCGCACCCCCCUCGCCGCUCGCUCGCCCCGCGUCCGCCCCGCCGCGCCGCCCCGCGCCGGCCCCCACGCGCCUCCCGGGCCCGGGGGCCCUCCCGGGGGCCGGCCAGAGCGCUCGCCGGCGCCGGCCUCCGCGUCCGCGCCCCCGAGCCAGCCGUCGGGGCGCCGCGAGCCUGAAGAAGUUGGCGAGGAGGCCUGGAGACCUCAGGAGUUUCCAAGCUGUCCUGCCCCCCGAGCUCUGGAUCCACCUGGCCGUGGUGGCCUGUGGCAAUCGGCUGGAGGAGACACUGGUCAUGCUCAAAUCGGCCGUGCUCUUCAGCCACAGGAAGAUGCAAUUUCACAUCUUCACCGAAGAAUCUCUGAAGCCCGAGUUUGACAAGCAGCUACGACAGUGGCCAGACUCAUAUACGAAGAAGUUUGAGUACAGAGUCUACCCCAUCACAUUUUCGGUUGGAAACCCUCAGGAAUGGAAGAAAUUAUUCAAACCGUGUGCUGCCCAGAGACUCUUUCUUCCGGUGAUUUUAAAGGAUGUGGACUCCCUUCUCUACGUGGACACCGAUGUUCUCUUUCUGAGACCUGUUGAUGACAUCUGGAAGCUUCUGAGGCAAUUUAAUUCCACACAGCUUGCGGCCAUGGCCCCCGAGCAUGAAAUCCCCAAGAUCGGCUGGUACAGCCGCUUUGCUCGGCACCCUUUCUAUGGCUCUGCGGGAGUUAACUCAGGGGUCAUGCUGAUGAACUUAACUCGGAUAAGAAGUGCCCAGUUCAAGAACAGCAUGAUUCCAACAGGCUUGGCUUGGGAGGACAUGCUGUACCCUCUGUACCAGAAGUACAAGAAUGCCAUCACGUGGGGAGACCAGGACUUAUUAAAUAUUAUUUUUUAUUUCAACCCAGAGUGUCUGUACGUGUUCCCCUGCCAGUGGAACUACCGUCCUGAUCACUGCAUGUACGGAAGCAAUUGCAGAGCCGCCGAGCGGGAAGGCGUGUCUGUCCUGCAUGGGAACCGAGGCGUCUACCAUGACGAGAAGCAGCCAACUUUCAAAGCGCUCUAUGAAGCCAUCCGAGAUUUUCCCUUUCAAGACAAUCUCUUUCAAUCCAUGUAUUACCCUCUUCAGCUGAAGUUUUUGGAGACUGUGCACACUUUAUGUGGACGAAUCCCACAAGUUUUUCUGAAGCAAAUUGAGAAAACCAUGAAAAGGGCCUAUGAGAAACAUGUCAUCAUCCAUGUCGGCCCGAACCAGAGGCGCUGAGUAUUUCCUGUUGUCGCAAGUCAAUUAGGCAUCUCACGAACGAGGAAAUACUCAUCUUCAAGCUGCCUGGAUCUCUUUUAUGUGAAUAUUUCAUGGUGCUCUGUGACAACUAAGUUUAAAAAGACUUGUUAAAUGUUGCUAAAUCAGUUGCCCCUAAAUGGAAAUAUGCUUUAAUUUUUUUCUAAAGUGCUAUUUAUCUCUGUUUUUUUUAAAAAAAUGAUAUUAUUGUUCACUUAACGUUGUUGAAGUAGGUUGAGCUAGCUGUGAAAAGGAACUCUUGUGAGGCUUCUGAUUGCCAAGUGUCUGAGGCAAUGUCAGUGGCAUCUGAUGGGGCACAUUUUAUCCGCUUUUCUUGAGACUCUUUAUAUGCAGUGGGUUUGCCCCACCCCUUGUUAUAAAAGCAAUGUGUGCUUGUUGUAAAACAAAUUUUUAAAACUUAUAGAGAAUAUAUAGGUCCUUGGACCAAAAUCAAGAUGAGAAUAGCCAUAAUCCUAUCAACCAGGGAAGAAGAUUUUUAUUUUAGUGUAGUCCCUUCUAGCCCUUUUUUUCCCUACUUCUGUAUUUACUUGCGGGUGGUGGUGGUCUUUUCCAUCGUAUAAACAUGUAUCUAAAACAGGUAGUCUAAGUGCAAGUGGGACCCUAUGCUGAGAUUUUUAUGUAGGAGACUAAACAUUUAGACAAAUGUUGACGCCUACAACGAUUUAUUUAAAAUACGUCUGGGACAGAGAUCAAGAUUAGGAGACCGACCACCUGAGACGAGAUUAAGGGAGCACAAGCCCUGCUCACACCCUAAUCUUGUCAGAGGUCCCACCUCACCAUUGUUGUAAAACCCCUCAUCAAAUCCUCUGGGGUGGGGACGCAUAGUUUUUCAAGGCAGGAGCCUGCUGCAUCCCCCUUUGCCUGGCAAAACAAUAAAGCUAUCCUUUUCUACUUCAAAAAAAUACAUCGGGGAGAAGCAUUCGGAUUUUAGCUAAUUGUGCAGUGAUAAAGGAUGAAGCAUAUCUGGGGGUGUUUUUUAAGAAAAACUGUUCAGAUUUUUCCAAAUCGUAAGACAUGUCUAUGCAGCCACAGCUUCUGAAAGGAAAUUCAGUGAUUGUGUUAAACCUAAGCGGUUUAUUUAGCAGAGAUGUGAUUUUGUGCUGACCCAGAGACAAAAGCAUUUUAUCUCUUACUUUAGUAGGAGCGGCCUUCUCUCUUUAAACUCUUGGGCAAUAGGUGGAAAUUAAAGGCCGACUUGGAAUGUAAUGUGUACAAAUAAAUAGUUCAGUGGAUUCCACUGGCAAGAAAAUUCAUCUUCCCACCAGCCUUAGAAGGGUCUCUCAAAUUUUUUUUUUCUUCUCUAGGGUUAUCUAGCUGUUAGCCAAGGUGUGUCUUAUCACCUAGCUACAGUAGAGGAAGUUCGGUAUUCUUUCCCCAAAGGAAUCAAAGUUAAUCCCUAGUUGCUCCUGUAGCUGCUAUUAGCAUAAGGGCAUUUUGCAUAAUGCUUUAUUUAUCUCAAAAAAACGUGUGCGUAAAUGAUCUCCUUGAUGUUUGCAACAACUUAGUGAACUUAGUAGGGGCCUGUAUCAUCUCCACUGGGCAAAUAAGGAAAUUGUAAUAGAAAGAAACAAAUCUAUUCCAUAUAAUUACUUUCUGUAAGACACACAGAUGUGUAUAAGAUACAUCCCGUUUCACAGAGAAAUUUUUGAAAACAAAAAUAUUAAAUAUUUUUC